GGAGAAUUUGGCUGGUACAGACUGGGCCUUGAUCACGACGAAUGAUGGUAAAAAAUAUUACUACAAUAACAAAACUAAGUUAAGUAGCUGGCAGAUCCCCAGUGAAGUGACAGAGCUUACAAAGAAGCAGGAAGCUGAAGUAUCAAAGGAGCUUGAAGUGUCAUUGUUGCGCUCUAAUGUCUCAACUGAAAAAGGAUCUGGUCCAGUUAGUUUGAGUGCUCCUGCAAUUAAUACAGGUGGUCGUGAUGCAACAGCUCUUAGAACCUCAAGUGCACCAGGUCCAUCAUCUGCAUUAGAUUUGAUAAAGAAGAAGUUGCAAGAAUCUGGAACCCCAGUUAAUUCUUCACCUGCUCUAGUUUCAUUAGGAAUGGGAACACCAGAAUCAAAUGGUUCUAGAGCUGCUGAGGCUACAGCUAAGGGUUUGCUAAGCGAGACUAGCAAUGAUAAGCUAAAAGAUACAAAUGGGGGUGGUAAUGCAUCUGACUCCUCUUCAGAUUCAGAGGAUGAAGACAGUGGGCCUACAAAGGAAGAGUGCAUUAUCCAAUUUAAGGAAAUGUUGAAGGAACGUGGAAUAGCGCCAUUCUCAAAAUGGGAGAAGGAGCUGCCGAAGAUAGUCUUUGACCCUCGUUUUAAGGCUAUUCCGAGUCAUUCAGCUAGGAGGUCAUUGUUUGAGCACUAUGUUAAAACACGUGCAGAGGAGCAACGCAAGGAAAAACGAGCCUCUCAGAAGGCUGCAAUUGAGGGAUUCAAGCAGUUGCUGGUUGAAGCAUCAGAGGACAUUGAUCAAUAUACUGAUUAUCAAACAUUCAGAAAGAAAUGGGAAAAUGAUCCACGAUUUGAGGCUUUGGACCGUAAAGAUCGAGAACAUUUAUUAAAUGAAAGAGUUAUUCCUUUGAAGAAGGCAGCUCAAGAAAAGGUUCAAGCUGAACGUGCAGCAGCUGCUGCUAGUUUUAAGUCAAUGCUUCAAGACAAAGGCGAUAUAACCAUCAAUUCCCGUUGGUCCAAGGUGAAGGAAAGCCUAAGGAACGAUCCAAGGUACAAAUCUGUAAAGCAUGAAGACAGGGAGUUUUUAUUCAAUGAAUACUUGUCUGAACUAAAAGCUGUAGAAGAAGAAGCAGAACGAGAGGCAAAAGUCAAAAAGGAGGAGCAGGAGAAGUUAAAAGAAAGGGAGCGGGAGUUGCGCAAACGGAAGGAAAGAGAAGAACAAGAAAUGGAAAGGGUGCGAUUGAAAGUUCGAAGGAAGGAGGCGGUUUCAUCUUUUCAAGCUUUGCUAGUGGAAACAAUUAAGGACCCUCAGGCAUCUUGGACAGAGUCAAAGCCCAAAUUGGAGAAGGAUUCUCAAGGCCGUGCAACCAACCCCGACUUAGAUCCAUCUGAUACUGAGAAGCUCUUCCGGGAACAUGUAAAGAUGUUACAUGAGCGAUGCACACAAGACUUCAAAGCUCUAUUAGCUGAAGUCAUAAAUGCUGAAACUGCUGCCCAAAAGUCAGAGAAUGGAAAAACAGUACUUGACUCGUGGUCAACAGUCAAACGUCUUCUGAAGCCUGAUCCCAGAUAUAACAAGAUGCCUAGAAAAGAGCGAGAAAUUUUGUGGCGCCGAUACACACAGGAUAUUUUGAGGAAGCAGCAGACAACUCUUGAUCAAAAGGAAGAGAAGCAUACAGAUUCAAAGAGUAGAAACUCAGCUGAUUCAGGAAGAUACCUAUCAGGAUCAAGGCGGACACAUGAUGGAAGAUAGCUUACAUUAUUUUUGGUUAGGAAGUAGGCUUUGUAGAGGUUACCUAUUGCUAGUUUUAGACUCUGUAGGGCUCUCCUUGUUUUCCCUCAAUACAGGUUAAUGUGAUCUACUUUUGUGUAUGCUGCAUAAUAUUUUGACUAAGCUAAUUAUUUUUAUCCGGCUAUUUCAGUCGGAAAAGAAAAAUUUGUUAUAUAUUUUGAACUGUUAAACAAUUGGAAAGAGGAACAUGUAUUUCUUU